UAAUUUUUAAUUAUUAUUCUAUCUUUUUAUUUAUUUUAUAAAAUUAUGUUAUUACCCUUAUUUUAUUAAAAUUCCCUAAUCUACCCCAAACCCUAAACUAAACGACACUCGCCCCACCCCAGCCCUCACACACAACACUCCCACUCAACACAAAAAAGAAAAGAAGGAAAGAAAGAAAAGGAAAAGGGGAACGGAUAAGGGAGCUCGAGGAAGGAGAGGAAGAGAAGGGGGAGCUGUCCGCGCCACCACCCAACUCGCCGUCGCCGCCGGUCCACCUUGGAGCAGCCGUCGAAGCAGAACCGCGAGGAGUGAGAGAGACCGCGUCGGUUCACCGCGAAGACAGCGCUGCCGUCGUCCUCAUCGCGGACCUCCACCGUCGCGUAUUGCCGCCGUCACCACCAAGCUCGCCUUCAUCGCCAUUGUUGCCGGGAAAGAGAGGGACGCGCAACAUUCAAGAGGGAAGAGCUGGAGGAGGGGAAGAACGACGCUGUUUUGCCGUUCUCCGUCGCGGCUGAAGCUCGCCGCCGCUGUGGCUACCCGUGCCGCCGUCUGAGUCGCGGGGAAGGAGGAAGAGUUAUGUUUCGCCGUGCCUUGCCUCUGCCGCUGGAUCCUCUGUCUUGGGUCGAAUUGUGGUUCGUGCAUGCCGAGUUCAGUAGUCGUGCAUGCGACAUCAAGCUGCCGCGUCGUCAACGGAGUCGCCGCCGUUCUGUUUUUGCGGAUAUUCGUUUAAGUUCAGUUCUUACGUGCCGUGAUUAAAGUUGUUGUGGUUGCGGCUGCCGCAGAUUGCACGCUAAGAGGGAAGGUUUCCUUGACGCGUUUGGUUUUCGGGUCUCGGCUUGUCGAGGAGCCAGUCAUCAGAUGACAGUUUGUGUAAGUCUUCUUCACCAUUAUGUGCUAACGGUAAAGGACAGCAUCAGGAGUAUGAAGGAGCUUUUCAACCUAUGGUGAAAAAUACUGCUGUAAGUCUCAAGGCAAAGGCAAAUCAGUUAAAGCCUAUCGAAAUUAAUGAUGAUGUUGUUGGGCCUGAAACACCAGGGAUGCAGCCUCUUGCUUCUCAUGCUAAGCGAAGUCGAGAUGAUGAAUCCAGGUUUCGUUCAUUGAUGGAUUCUGGCAAACGAGUCAGAUUUCUUGAGGAUUCACCAUCACUGAACUUGACUAAGAAGGAAGCAGAAGUGGCUAGCAGGUUUGAGUGGCUUGAUCCUUCUCGAAUCAAGGAUGCAAGUGGAAGAAGGCCCAAUGAUCCUUUGUACGACAGGACAACACUUUAUAUACCUCCGGAUGCUUUGAAAAAGAUGUCAGCUUCACAGAAACAGUAUUGGAGUGUCAAGUGUAAAUACAUGGAUGUUAUGCUAUUUUUUAAAGUGGGGAAGUUUUAUGAGCUCUAUGAAAUGGAUGCUGAAAUUGGCCAUAAGGAGCUUGAUUGGAAAAUAACAUUAAGUGGUGUGGGAAAAUGUCGACAGGUUGGUAUAUCUGAAAGUGGGAUUGAUGAUGCUGUUCAAAACUUGGUUGCUCGGGGAUACAAGGUUGGAAGGGUGGAGCAGUUGGAGACAUCCGAAGAAGCAAAGGCUAGAGGAGCCAACUCUGUUAUUCAAAGAAAAUUAGUUCAGGUCAUCACUCCAUCAACCACUGUUGAGGGUAAUAUUGGGCCUGAUGCCAACCAUCUGCUUGCAAUAAAAGAGGGUAGCACCAGCUUGGAUGAUGGUUCAGUUGUGUAUGGAUUUGCUUUUGUUGAUUGUGCUCGUCUUCGAUUUUGGGUUGGCUCCAUUGAUGAUGAUGCAUCAUGUUCUGCUCUGGGAGCUUUAUUGAUGCAAGUGUCGCCUAAGGAAGUUAUAUAUGAAAGUAGAGGGCUGUCCAAAGGAGCUCAGAAAGCGCUUAGAAAAUUCUCAUUACAUGGUUCAACAACAUUACAGUUGACUCCAGUGCAGUCUAUUGCUGACUUGGUAAACACAGAAAUCAGUGAUUUAGUUCGCUCAAAAGAAUACUUUAAGAGGUCUUUUCAUUCACUUGAUUAUGUGCUGAGCAAAGUUACUCAUCAUGAAACUGCAAUGUGUGCUCUUGGUGGACUGAUUGAUAAUCUAGUUAGAUUGAAGCUAGAUGAUGUCCUUCAAGAUGGGGAUAUAUAUCCUUACCAAGUUUAUAGGGGAUGCCUUAAAAUGGAUGGUCAGACGUUGAUAAAUCUGGAGAUCUUUGGUAAUAAUGCGGAUGGUGGGAAAACAGGUACUUUGUACAAAUAUCUUGAUAACUGUGUGACUUCAUCUGGAAAGCGGCUUCUUAGGAACUGGAUCUGUCGUCCUUUAAAAGAUGCUGAAGGAAUUAAAAAAAGGCUUGAUGCAGUUGAUGAUUUAAUGACUCGCCCGGAGAUUGUGUCACAGAUUGCUCAACAUCUUCGCAAGCUUUCAGAUUUGGAACUAUUGCUUGGCCGAACCAAGUCCAGCCUUCAACUAUCAGGCCCUCUUUUACUGCCUUUGUUGGCAAAAAAAAUAUUGAAGCAGAGGGUGAAAGUAUUUGGGUCACUUGUGAAAGGGCUUCGCACUGCUUUGAGUUUGUUGCUUCUUCUACAGAAUGAGCAGCCUUUAACAUCAUCCUUGACAAAAGUCUUUAAACUACCAAUUCUGGCUGGUAGUGAUGGGCUUGAUCAAUUUCUUAGUCAGUUUGAAGCAGCUGUAGAUAGUGACUUCCCAAAUUAUCAGAAUCAUAAUGUUACAGAUUCAGAUGCUGAAACACUUACAAUACUUGCUGAACUACUUUUGGAGAAAGCUACACAAUGGUUUGAAGUUGUUCACGCCAUCAAUUGCAUUGACGUGCUAAGAUCCUUUGCUGUUACUUCUAGCUUCUCAUCUGGAAGUAUGUGUAGGCCUGUCAUAGUGCCAGAAAGUUUUACGGGUAAAGACAAUGGAGGACCUGUGCUUAAAAUGAAGGGGUUAUGGCAUCCAUUUGCCCUAGGAGAAAAUGGAUGUGUGCCUGUCCCCAAUGACAUAAUUCUUGGUGAGAAUGAAGGUGGGCAUCAUCGCACAUUGCUGCUGACUGGACCAAACAUGGGUGGAAAAUCAACACUUUUGCGUGCUACCUGUCUGGCUGUUAUAAUGGCUCAGAUAGGCUGCUAUGUGCCAUGUGAAAGUUGUGUUCUCUCAGCUGUGGAUAUCAUCUUCACACGGCUUGGAGCAACAGAUAGAAUCAUGACAGGCGAGAGUACCUUCUACAUUGAGUGCACAGAAACUGCAUCAGUUCUCCAGAAUGCUACCCAAGAUUCUUUAGUUAUACUUGAUGAAUUGGGUCGAGGAACCAGCACUUUUGAUGGCUAUGCCAUUGCAUAUGCAGUAUUCCGCCAUCUGAUUGAAAAUGUCAAUUGUCGGUUGCUAUUCGCCACACAUUACCAUCCACUCACUAAAGAGUUCGCCUCUCAUCCGCAUGUUAAAAUGCAGCACAUGGCUUGUGCUUUCAAGUCAAAAUCUGAUGGCUAUUCCAAAUGUGGUGAGGAACUAGUAUUCUUAUACCGGCUUGCCUCCGGAGCAUCUCCGGAGAGCUAUGGGUUGCAGGUUGCCCUUAAGGCUGGGAUUCCGGAGAAUACCGUAAAGGUUGCUUCAAAGGCUAGCCAACAGAUGAAAAAAUCAAUUGGAAGAAGUUUCAGAUCAAGUGAACAGAGAUCAGAGUUCUCAACACUUCAUGAAGAUUGGUUGAAGACCCUAGUGUCUUUCUCACGGAUACAAGAUUCUAAAUCUUUUAAUGAAGAUGAUUUAGAUUCAUUAAUAUGUUUAUGGUAUGAACUAAAAGCUGCUUUUAGAUCGGGAAAACAGAUGUUUUAGUGGCAGGUAGGAUGGGGUCAAGGAUCUGACUUUCAUAGUGCAAUAUGUAAAUUUAUACUGAUUGAGUAGUUUUAUACUUUUAUUUUCCUUUCAGAAACAUAAUAGCUUCUUUGUUUUGCUUUUAUAUGGAAGAAAGGGAAAAGAUGCAAAUAUAGAAUUAGAGAACUAGCCAAUAUAUAAUGUCUGUCCCUUGUCUUCUUGUGACACUCGAAAUAAAAAUAAUC